UGCUUCAUGUCAUUUGUAAUGCCCAAGUUGGUCUAAGGCCUCAGUUUUCUUCUCGUAGUUAUUCCAUCAAUUUAAACAGUUUCAGAUACCCAAUUUGCUCUCUACUCCUAGCUUGUGUUUCAUUUUCCUCAAUUUCUCAAAAUUCCCAUCUGCAUGUUAUCAAUUUCAACACUUUGAACCCCAAUUCUGUUUCACCUCCAAAAACGCUCAAACUUUUCUGUCCAUAGCUUCAUAAUUUCCAUCUGGGUCUGAUCAGUUUGCUCUAAAGACUCAAACUUUCGUGUCUCGUGGCUCAAUUCUUCAAAAUCUCUAUCUGGGUCUGUUUAUCUGAUCAGUUUACACAGUCACAUCGUUUGAAUUUCCAUUCUUGACAUUCAAAGUUUCGGUUUUGAGCUCAUAAUUACGAUGCACGCCAAGUCCGAUUCCGACGUCACGAGCUUAGCGCCGUCGUCGCCGCGAUCGCCGAAGCGGCCAGUGUACUAUGUCCAAAGCCCAUCUAGAGACUCCAACGAUGGCGACAAAUCCUCCACCAUGCACGCCACUCCGGCCUUCAACAGCCCAAUGGAAAGCCCCUCUCACCCUUCCUACGGCCGCCAUUCCCGGGCCUCCUCCGCCAGCCGCGUCUCCGGCAACUUUAAAGGGAGCCGGAAACGCGGCCAUGAUAAAGGCUGGCCGGAAUGCAAAGUGAUUGAGGAAGAAGGGGACUAUGAUGGGCUCUAUGGGGAGAAGGGCCUUUCUAGAAGGUGUCAGAUUUUGAUGGCUUUGUUUGGCUUCAUUGUCAUCUUUUCCAUUUUCUGCUUGAUUCUUUGGGGUGCUGGUAGACCUUACAAAGCUCGGGUGUCUGUUAAGAGCUUAGCUGUGCAUAAUUUUUAUUUUGGGGAAGGAUCGGACAUGACUGGUGUACCUACAAAGAUGGUGACAAUGAAUUGUUCAGUGAGGAUGAGUGUGUACAACCCAGCUACGUUUUUUGGUAUUCAUGUCAGCUCCGAUGCAGUUAACCUUAUGUAUUCAGAAAUUACAGUUGCAACCGGUCAGUUGAAGAAAUACUAUCAACCAAGAAAGAGUAACCGGAUUGUGCUAGUGAACCUCCAAGGAGUGAAGGUACCUUUAUAUGGGGCUGGAGCAAGCUUAGCAGUCGACGAUACCAAUGGAGGAGUUCCAAUGACACUCGUGUUUGAUGUUCGGUCACGAGGGAAUGUUGUGGGAAAGCUGGUGAGAACAAAGCACUGGAGGCACGUAAAUUGCUCCUUGGUUGUUGACUCUCAUAAGACCAAACCCAUCACUUUAAAAGCAAGUUCAUGCGCAUACUAGUGAGCACUGCCCAGCAGAUUCCUCUUACCUUGUUGUGCAAUGCCUUCACUUGUGAUACUGAAUCAUAUUGUGUGCCGUCUGCUUGGCAUGGAGCAGUUUUCAUUCUUAUCUUGUAAUACAACAUUGCAGACCUCGCGAAUUGAAUAGUUAAAUAUAGUUAUAUUUCUUUC